CAACCACCUCGAUCCAGCCAUGCUGUCCUCCAAGUCUUCUUUAGCUGUUGCUCUAAUCCUUGUGGUCACCCUGACAGAUGUGCUACCGCUGGUAUCUUCUUCACGUGGCCUCGUUGGGGUACCCACUGAUGGGGCACUGGAGGACUCUCUGUUGAUGAUGGAGAGAUUCCAUGGCUGGAUGGCAAAGCAUGGCAAGUCGUAUGCGGGAGUCGAGGAGAAACUGCGGCGGUUUGACAUAUUCCGCAGGAACGUAGAGUUCAUCGAGGCGGCGAACCGAGAUGGCAGGCUCUCGUACACCCUCGGGGUGAACCAGUUCGCCGACCUCACCCACGAGGAGUUCCUUGCCACGCACACCAGCCGCCGUGUGGUGCCGUCAGAGGAGAUGGUGAUUACAACUCGCGCUGGCGUUGUUGUCGAGGGUGCCAACUGUAAGCCGGCGCCAAAUGUUGUGCCUGGUAGCAUCAAUUGGGUGAAUCAAAGCAAAGUCACCCCAGUCAAAAAUCAAGGAAAAGUAUGCGGGGCUUGCUGGGCUUUUUCUGCCGUGGCCACGAUCGAAAGCGCCUACGCAAUCGCCAAGCGAGGCGAGCCGCCGGUUCUGUCCGAGCAGGAGCUCAUCGACUGUGACACAUUCGACAGAGGCUGCACGAGCGGCGAGAUGUCCAAUGCCUACUUCUGGGUCUUGAGGAACGGCGGCAUCGCCAACAGCUCAACGUACCCCUACAAAGAGACUGACGGCAAGUGCGAGAGAGGGAAACUGCAGGAACGCGCGGCCACGAUCAGGGACUACAAAUUCGUCAAACACAACUGCGAGGAGCAGCUCAUGGCAGCCGUGGCGGUGCGACCCGUCGCCGUCGGGUUCGACUCCAACGACGAAUGCUUCAAGUUCUACCAAGCUGGUUUGUACGACGGCAUGUGCGUCAAGCACGGGGAAUACUUUGGCCCGUGCUCGUCCAACGACCGCAUCCACUCCUUGGCCAUUGUCGGGUACGUCGGCAAGGGGGGCGACAGGGUUAAGUACUGGAUCGCCAAGAACUCGUGGGGCGAGAAGUGGGGAAAAAAGGGCUACGUCUGGCUGAAGAAGGAUGUUGAUGAGCCGGAAGGCCUCUGCGGCCUUGCAAUUCAGCCGGUAUAUCCUAUAGUCUGAUCUGAUCUGACGAGAUCGACUGCACUGGGCGUGCCCCUGAAACCUACGGAAAUGGCAUUCACCUAUAUUUUGGGUUGCUCUGUACGUAUGCAUGGAUGCGCCUACUAUAUUUUACUACAUAUAUAUUCAUCUCCCGCCAAUAAAACUAUAUGUCCUUGUAUCCAUUUAUGCACGUUUAUGCAUAUCUUGAAUAAAUUGGAUGGAUUGGUUAUCCAUUCUAUAUAUGUCAAAA